AUGGGUUCUUUGAUGCCGCCAGCUGGUCACCGUCCUAAGUUUUCGCAGCUCUACAUUUUCGACCCACAGUCUGAACUUAACGACUGCUUGGCCAACUUUGCUUCAGCCGAACGAAACCUUAAACCCGAAAUUGUCGCUGGUCUUAUGGACAUGCUUGACACCACCAAUGAUUUGGUUCGCACUUUCCGGAGGGUUCGCCAGGAAUUGCACGAUCCGUCAACAAGCAACCUCAGGCUCAGAAUAGUUGGCUCACGUGAUAAUUCCUCCCGCCAGUAUGAUUUGCCAACAGGAACAGACCUUGCAGGAUUGAUUCCAGGAGAUUUUGUGGCCGACAAAGAAGACCAAGACAUCAUAAUUGACCAUUGUGUGGAAGGUUUGAGAAGAAUCACAAGCCUCAACCCCAAGUUUGAAGCCCUGCACUUUCCUCUGUUGUUUCCCUAUGGAGAGGAUGGAUUUCACACUAACAUUCCAUACCAUCUUGAGAAUGCACCAGAAACCUUGCAGUGA